UUUGACUUCAACUUUGAAAAUGAAACUACGUGACAGAAGAUGGAGCAACCAAAAAAGGAGCAGAGUGUUGGUUGUCACUCUGCUGAGGGUCUGAGUGUCAGUGCGUCAGCUCAGACUGGAGGUCACAUCACAGCACCAGUUCUCUCACACACAACAGUUACUGGAAAUAUUACAGUUAUAACUAAUGUUUCUGGAAGCAGUAACCCUGCAGACACACACUCACAGAACCCAGGAAAAACUUCACAAAACCUUAAGGAUGGCUGUAAGAAACUGAUCUGCUCUGAGUAUGCAUAUGUGACAGAGUAUAACUCCCUCCCUGGUGAACAUGUGCUGCUGACUGACCGCUACACUGAGCUGCUGAUCAUUCAGAGACACAGAGAACAGAGUGAGAGAGAGAAAGAGAUUCGCUCCAGAGGAGAGAAGUUCUUUACUGCUAGGGCUAAUGAGAAUUACAUCACUGUGGAGAAGUUCUUCAGUCCAGAUGAUCGCGGACUCAUUCCAAAAGCAGUUGUUCUCCAGGGAAACCCUGGAAACGGCAAAUCCUUCACUGCUAUGAAGAUUAUGUUGGACUGGGCAUCUGGUAAACUCUAUGCAGAGAAUUUUGAUUUUAUUUUUCAUCUGAAGUGUAAAGAGAUUAACCAAAUUUCUGGGGAGAAGAGUCUGGCGGAGUUCCUGAGAUACAGUCAGAGUUUAACACCAGCCCAGAUUUCACAGAUAUUACAGCACUCAUCUGAGAGAGUUCUCUUCCUCGUAGAUGGCUUUGAUGAACUCAAACUCUCACAAGACAACAUGUCCAACCUGUCUCUGCCCACUGAUGUCCAAACUCCAGCCUCACCUGAGUCCACUCUGAAAGCCCUGCUGAGUGGACGCCUGCUGCCUGAGUCCUUCCUGCUGGUCACCACCAGGUCUACAGCUACAGACACACUGAGCAAGCUGCUCAAAAAACAACCCCAACGAUUUACUGACAUUACGGGCUUCUCUGAGAGGGGUGUGGAGGAGUACUUCCAGAGGUUCUUUAAAGAUGAUCAGCUCUUACAGACACAGGCAUAUGAGCAUGUGAAGGCAAAUGAAACCCUCUUCACUGCCUGCUUCAUCCCUGUGAUCUGCUGGAUCAUCUGCACAGUUUUCAGAGAGAGGUGCAGAGAUGGUUUAGAUGCAUCAAGUGGACUGGAUACAACCACCUCCAUAUAUGUUGACUUUGUGUCCACUCUGCUGGAGCACCACUGCCAGGGUUUGAGUCAGUCUGUCCCCAGCCUGCUGAGGAGUCUGGGCCAGCUGGCAGAGAGAGGGAUGCUGGAACAGCAAGUCCUGUUUAAUGAGAAGAGUGUUUCAGAGACAGUCUCAGAUCCUGCUAACAUUCCAUUCCUGUGUAAGUUUCUCUUUAGGAGAAGAAUCCGCCAAGAGACGAUGUUCAGUUUCAUGCAUCUCAGCUUUCAGGAGUUCUUCACUGCUCUUUACUAUGUCCUGAUGAGUGAAGAGGAGUCUCAGAGGGCUGUCAUAAAGCUGAUUGAAGGAACAAAACUGUAUCGUUCAUCAGUGAUCCAGUUUCUCUUCGGUCUGUGUAAUAAGGAAGUGAGCAGCUCUCUCAUGGAGUCACACAGUGUGUCUGUUUCUCCCACUGUUCGAGCUCUGCUAGAAGAAUGGAUCCUUCAAGUCAUUACAGAUAAGAAAAAGUACCUUAAUGAACCUAUUGAUUUGUUCUUCUUCCACUGUCUAUAUGAGCUCCAUGAAGAGGACUUUGUGAGGGAGACCUUGGAGAGUUUUGAGACCAUCAAAAUGUCUUAUGAUCCUCUGAGAAUGACAGACUGUAGGGUUCUGCUGUAUUGCUUACAGUGCUGUUCACACAUCAGAAGCCUGAACCUCCAACACUACAGUCUGACACCAGAGACACUGAAGAUUCUUCAGCCUGCAGUGUGCAGGAGUCAGGAGUUAUGGUUGGAUCUGAUGGACUUCUCAGAUGAUGAUGUUGGGCUUCUGAUCUCAGCUCUGGGGGAAGACAAGAAAGUGAACAGUCUGAGAUUCAGUAACAGUUUUCUGUCAGACCAAGCUCUGCAGAGGGUCCUUAACUCUCUCAGCAGACAGAGAUCUGUGGCAGAACUUUAUCUCACCGUGAAGACCAUCACUACCAGCACUGCCGUCAUUCUUAUGAACCAUCUCUGUAACAAUGAGAUUACAGGAGAAAUGAGUGUUGUGGUGAAUGAGAACAGUCAUGAAGAGAGUCUCUGCUCGUGCCUUCGUGCAUCAAAUACAUUUGGUGGCAUCAUAUGUCCAGGGUUCGAUGAGAAUCUGAAAGCUCUGUUGUCUUUCCUGAUGUCGGAGCCUGAUGUGACGUAUGUGACGCUGAAUGUGAUGGACCUGACUGAGAGCUGGGCUUCCAGAAUCCUCCCCCACCUCCAGGUCUUCCCCAAUUUAAAUCACAUCAGAGUUGGAUGUGUCAGGGAGGAAUUUGAUGAGUUGGGUAUCUCUUGGUCUUUCAAUGAGUCACAAACAGAUAGAGACCUCAGGUUGUUCUUCACAGCUCAGAACUUCACUCAGUCAGACGUACUCUUCAGAACAUCCGACUCACCAACUCCACUGUCACUCUCUGAGUUCUGUCUUACUGGCCCACAGUCAGAGUUACUCAACAUUGACUGGAAAAGCGUCAUCCAGAUAUUCUGCAAGUUUAAAGACAAGCCAAUAACAGAAAUGUGUGGUGAAGAUUUUGAUGAGAAGAUGGAUGCUCUGCUGUCUCUUCUGCCCUCUGUCUGUGGUCUCAAGACAGUGGAAAUGAAGAUGAGUGACUUGACUGUUAACUUGGCCGUCAGGAUCAUUUCCCUCAUCCAGACCUGCCCAGGUCUGCACAACGUUAACUCUCCAGAGUUUAAUGAGCAUGUGAAUGCUCUGCUGUCUUUCCUGAACUCUGUGCCUGGUCUGAAGUUCAUCUGUGUGGGGGUGGCCAGUCUGACUGAGAGCUGGGUUACCAGGAUCCUCUCUCUCAUCCAGACCUGCCCCAGUCUACAACGUGUCAGGUAA